AAUCAAUUCGUGGCAACGAAUUUUUUAAACAUAAAAAAUUUACUAGAACAAAGUUUAUUUCCUAAUCUUUUCGGCAACAAAUAGUGAUUUCGAUCAAAACUAUCACAGAAAUCAAAAUGAGCGACAUUUCUAUGAAAAUUCCGGCAGUUAACAAACUUUUGAACCUACCAGAAGAUUCAGAAAUCGGAAAGAAAGUUCGAAUUUCCAUUCGUGACAUUCAUGGACUCUAUUGGACUGGAUUUUGGACGAUUUUGAACACAAUCCAAGGAAGAUUUGAAAUAAAAUGUGAGGAGGAUAGUAUGUGUCGUUGGAAAUUCUUGGCUCAGGUGGAGCUUCAGUUUACUGGGGAAGGACAGACUCCAGAUGUCAACAUCAAUAAGGAAAUUGAGUUCUCUCAAAAGAUGAAGAUAUUCACAUUCGAUCCAAUUGAUCAGGGACGCAGAUACAAUAAAGUUAAUUUGAAAAUUACUCGAAAGUCAUCCGUUGGAGUUGAUGUCGUUAAUUUCAUCGAUUUUGAAAAGAAGAGCAAUUUGCUGGAUGCCCUCAUUCGAUCGGAAGAUGGAAGCAAAAUGGUGUAUGCCAAUUCUGGAAUACUCGCUUUGAAUUCCCCGAUUCUCAAACAAAAGUUGGAGAAAGACAAGUUAGCUGAAAUUAUAAUGCCAUCUGAAUUGUUUGUUUCAAUUGAAAAACUGAUGAACUUUCUCCAUCCUCCUUUCAAAAUGGAACGGGAAAGUGUUGAAGAAGUUCUGGAUCUUGCUUCAAAAUGGGAAAUGAAGUCGGUUCUCGCAAAAUACGAGCAAUUCCUUAUCAGAACACGUUCGUACGGCCAAGAAGCUUCCAUUAAGAAUGUUAAAUUAGCGGAUAAGUUCAAGAUGAAAUCUCUUUUUGAAGACGUUCUCUAUAGCGAAGAAAUUGAUGUGUAUACUUUCCUUGAUGGAAAUGAUUAUAGCUCUUGGAUUCGUGCAGCAAUGUUUGAUUUUGUUCUUGAAAUGAAGAAUAGUUCUACUAGUAUUGAUGAUGAAGAUGAUACAAUGAGCACUUAUGAUAACUUAGCACUUGAUUAAAUGCAAAUUUAUGACAUAAAUAAAUAAUUUAUGUUU